GGCAAAAGCCAGCCUGCACAUUUUUAAUUAAAUGAAUGAAUGUGAUACAACGAGACACAACGGCAGCUCAAACAUUCACACCACCACUAGAAGGAGAAACAAGAAAGAAGAGCAACAAGCUCAAGGAUCCGAAGACAGACAUAAAAGCAACAUCACCACCAAUGGACCGGAGGAAAAUCAGCCUACGACAAGAUAUGAACUGCCGGAGUGGUCGAAAGGCUACGGUCUGCCAAGCCACACCACGACACCUCUGUGCCACGGACAAAGUCGAAGGGUAACACACAACCGAGACGACGCCACAACACCUCUUGUGCUGUCGACGUAGUCGAAAGGCUAUGAGCACCGAGACACGCACGACACUGUGUCGUCAGAUAGAGCAAAAGGCUUCACUCGCCAAGACCACAUCACGAGCAUCUUCACAACGCACUUCCUUGCCGCAGAGCUAAGAGUCGCAGGUGCAUCCGAAAGGCGUAGCUAAGCCGAGGCCGCCGUUGCGGCCGAAGAGCAUUGCAGGCCGAGGCUACACAAGGACAUGGCAAACUUCGAACGCCACCAGCCAUAGUGGAUAGACAGUGACUCUUGAAGCUGAAGGAACCAAGAAGCAGACACCACCUCCACACAACCACACACGGUCUGCCGCAGACCUCACAAGCCAAGAAAACGACUAUCCGGCGAGGCAACAGUCACUCCUAGACAACGCCUCCACGGAGGAAACGACAUCGAAGAUGCCGUCGGAGUCGGAUCCAACUAAUUGGAUCUUAGGCUUUCGCCCGGAGAGCAAAUUGGAUGGAAGAGAGGUGAAGGCUCCACGACGAUGCCUCCAAGGAGGGGAACGGCGCACUGCUGCGUCGCCAUCAUCGGUGCUGGCAGAACCAGCACAGGGCUUUCGCCCGGAGCAUGACACCUCGCCACCCAAACUGAAUUACGCCCGCCGGCACCGACUCAACUAAGCCACACAGAAAGAGCAAAGACCUCACCACCCAACCUGAAACCUGCUCGCACUGAUGCAGCCUGCUUGCCCCUCAACGAGGACCGGCGGCUCCACUGGCACCACGCCGGCAAAGCACCGCCGAGCAACUGCCGCCGCCAAGAGGCCCGCAGGAGGCGCUGCACCAGAUCCCGAGCUCAGGUCGUGGGAUCCGGCGUCGCCGUACCACAUCGAGGCCGGGCUGCUCCAUCAGCACCAUGCCGACAAGAGCAAGGCCGAGCCCAAGAGCAGCACGCCACAGCCGCUGCUGGACGACCCAAGCCGGGAAGCACGCUCCAGAUGAUGGCCAGAUCCAAGCCACGAAGGAGAGCUCCUCGCAGCCGCGCGCCGCCGUGAAGCUUCACCAAGAGGCCAGCCGCCGUGCCACCCACGCGGCCACGAGCAGCCGCCGCCGUCAAGGAAACCGCCAAGGGCCGCCGCCCCAGAUCCAGAGCUCCUCCGCACGCAGAGCGCCGGCCGGAGUCCCCCGUCCCUUCGGGAACGAGGCCCGCUGCCACCGUGGCUGAAGCCGGCGGCAGCGGCUGAAGGGCGUAGCUACGGAGGCUUGCCGGCGGUGGAAGGAAGGGGAUCGCCCCCGGGUCGCCCAGUGGAGACGACACGGGGGUCACGGGUCAUUUUCGUACUACCUCUAUUCGUAAGUAGUAUGUUUGAAUUUGACAUUCUGAAAAUGAUAUCACAUUCUUAUAAACUUCUAAUAAUGUAUUCAUGUUAAAAGAAUUUAAACUUGCAUGUUGGAUACCGUGGCCAAUUGGGAGGAGUGUGACCGAAUGAUAUUUGCUGCUCUCUCCGUCCAACAAAAGAUAUCUCAAAUUUGUCAAAAUUUGGAUGUAUUUAGACAUGACUUAGUGUAUAGAUGCAUUCAAAUUUAGUCAAAGUUGAGACAUUUUUUGUUGGACGGAGGAAGUAGAAGAAUUUUGUCAUUCUUGCUUCCUCAAGAAGUGAAGAACACACCAUGUGAUAACCUAUCAAAGAUUUGUGCCCUCAAAAAGAAUGUUGAAGCCUAGUAAUAAGAGGGAUUUAGCAGAAGAGAGCGUGAGAUUGCGGCAAAGGGGAAGCUUGAGGGCACAAUUGUUAUGGUGCUGGAGUUUCAAAGAGAGGUUCAGUCAUACCAGUAGCAACCAUGGUCACAGGGACGGAGACAAGGAGGGCACAAUUUCAGUUUCACAGGGACGGAGAGACAAGGAGUACUACAGAACUAGGCAAGCACCUCUGACUUGAAGACGGAGCUGAUGCAUUCGAGCGCGACCCCGAAGGCGAUGAGCUCGAACGGCAUGCCGGCAGCAGCAUGGCGGCCCGCCGCGAGACGGCGCUUGAGCUCGUCGGCGUACCUUGCCGCCGCGUCGUCGUCGCCCUGAUCUCCUUGGACUCGCAUGACGAGCGCCUCUUCUGAGCUGAUGAUGCACCGUAUCUGCUCGAGGUUGCAGACGAUGGCGUAGCCGCGGGCGAGGAUGCUGGCCGUGUAGCCGAGGAGCGGGUCGAGAGCGCGGAGGUCGCGCGCCGGCACGCCCAUACGCCGCAUCACAGCCUGCUUGCUGAGCUCCAUCUCCUCGGAUUCGCCCGUCUCCGCGUCCACGCGGACCCACGGCCGCGUCCGGGACCCGCCGUCGUCGUCGACGGCGGCAUCUAUGUCGACCACCACGCCGCUCCGGCCUCCUCCUCCCUCCAUCACAGCACAGGCUUCCAGUGAUCAAUCGAUGUGCUCCAAGAUAAGAGCAAAGAUUCUCACUGCCCAUGCAUCUCGCCUGAUAGCUUGCUUUAAAGCUUCAAUUAUCACUCGUUCCAAUCCGACCGGGUUCUUUCCCGUCCGACACCACGCGCACUAAUGGAAGGACCGACGAUACCAUGUUCACAUGUGAUGCGAUGUGCCGUCUCCGAUGCCCGAUGGUGACCCCUACUACGCAUUGCAUACUCCCUGAAAACACUCAGGCCUCAUUUGAUUUAAAUGAUUUUCAUAGAAAUUUUAAAGAUUUUCUAUAUUGCUCGUUUGAUUCGUAGAAUUGAAUUCUAUAGGAAUUUUUCCUAAGGAUCCAUUUGUACUACAUUCCAUAAGAAAUUUAAAUCCAGUAGUCUAACCUCUUGAACGAAACAAACAAAUUUUGGUGUAAACAAAAUUCUAUAGAGAUCAAGUGAACAUGACAUCUAUUCUUUUGUUUUUCCAAUCUUAUGAAUCAAAGAAGCCUUUAUUAGUCCACAAACUUGCGAAUCUUCAAGUUCAUAGACUCUGAUUGCAAUUUACUUCUCAUUUUCUCUGAUUGGAUGCCGACGACGGCCUGGACAAGAACGACGGCGGGUCCCGGUGGUGGCUUCACGUGGACGCGGCGACGGGCAGCGCCGAGGAGAUGGAGUUCACCAAGCCGGCGCUCAUGCGGCGCCUCGACCUGCCAGGGCGGGACCUGCGGAUGCUCGACCCCUUCUUCGCCUACCCCACCACCAUCCUCGCCCGCGACCGCGCCAUCGUCUGCAACCUCGAGCACCUGCGCUGCAUCAUCGCCGCCGACGAGGCGUUCAUCCUCCUGCGCGACGGCGGCUUCGGCGCGGAGGACGCGCGGAUCCGCAGCUGCGCCGCCGAGCUGCAGCGCCGCCUCGUGCAGGCGGCCGGCCGCCGUGCUUCGGACGACAGUCAGGUGGAUGGCACCCCGUUCGAGUUCAUCGCCUUGCGGGUCGCGCUUCAAGAUGUCUGCUCCCUGUUCGAGUCCCAGACUGCCGAGUUACAGAGUGAGGGUUAUCUGGCGCUGGAUGAGUCCAAAAAAAUAAUCAACGUCGUUAGCUUGGAACGUGCUCGGCUCCUAAAGAACAGACUGGCUAUAUUAACUUCGAGAGCCGAAAAGGUGAAAACGGACUUCUGUCAUGAUGUUAUGGUCUUUUCACUUCUUUCAUUAGACGGUUUGUCAGUAAAAGACGAGAUAGAGAUGCUGAUGGACGACGAUGGUGAUAUGGCUGAAUGUUGCCUCACAGAGAAAAAGAGAAAGAUGGAAGCGUCGUUGUUAGAAAAACGUAUUGGUGAAAGCAGUAACGACAGCUUUGAGAGCCUAGACAUGAAUAAAUUUGGUACAGAAGAACUGGAAAUGUUAUUGGAGGCUCAAUUUGCGUCCAUUGGAAGCAGUAUCAACAAAUUAACUAUGCUGAUGGAGUAUAUAAAAGACACAGAAGGUUUCAUCAACAUCGAGCUGAACAACGUGCAGAACCAACUGCUGAAAUUAGAGCUGCUGCUGGGCAGUGCUGCAUUUGUGGUGGCCACCUUCGCAGUUGUUCCAGGAGUCUUCUGGAUGAACUUUGAGGGGGUAAAGCUAUAUAAAGUGCCGCAUGGGUUCGAAGAGACGCUUGUCAUAACAGGUGUUUGCAGCCUAGUCAUGUUGGGAUGUUUCGCGUGGUACCUGAAGAGGAGAAUGAUUUUCUAAAUGAUCUGAAGAAAAGGAUUCUACCCUUGUACAAUGGAUCUCCCGGCCUUCUUGUGAAGAUCUGUAAUCUGUAGAACACUAUUGGAUUCCCAUGAGAAACAACUGCAUUGAUUUUUUUGCAACUUUUCGGCAACGGGAGAGAAACUCUCCUGGCCUCUGAAUGAAACAUCUCAAUUCAGUAAUAUAAUGCAUGCCAAUUGGAGA